CCAUGGGGUUAUUUUAGACCUUAGAGGCGUUUGGUGCCGGCAGGAGCCUACUACCUCCGUUCCUUGCUGGCGGCGGCCUCUGGCUCUAACGUCCUUACAGGUGUCGCCCGAUUCCUCCCGGGGAACACCGUCAGGAUUGUAAAGCCACAGCGAGCCCCAAGGAACUCCUCAUCCUCAUCAGUCUCUCGACCGAGAAUUAUCUCCCCUUUGAGCCCUUGUGUUUACGAAAGGGCUAGAUAGGGGGUAUUCUCACGUUUAUCAUAAGGAACUUGACCGUGACUUUUCAAUAUGACUCGAUUACUGCAAGGAACGUUACUGGCCUUGGCCCUUGUGGCAUACAGCGUCCUCUCGGCCGCUCAAGCCACAACUCAAAAUGCCAAAGCAGACGUGAUUGAGGAAGUCAAUGCUAAGCAACUGGAAAAUCUAGUGGCAGAAAGUGAUUACGUUGCAGUGUUUUGGUACAAGCGAAGCUGUAAAGAUUGCGACAAAGUUCUGAGCGAAUUAGAAACGAUAGACGAUGACACGGACAGAUUCGGAGUCCACUUCGUCAAAGUGGCCGACAAGAAGUUGGCCAAGUCCUACGGAGUCAAAACCUUCCCGGCUCUCUCCUUCUUCAGGAAUAAGGAGCCUAUGCAUUAUGAAGGAGACCUGAUGGACGAAGCAAGUGUCCUGGAGUUCUUGACCAGCUUAGAGGCGAUGGAGCUACCGGACCAGAUUGAGGAAGUCAACGCCAAGAUUCUAGACAAGAUCGUUGAAGAUCAGGAGUUCGUAGCCGUCUUAUUUUGUUACGACGGUGAAUCCUGUAACCACGGAGAACACAAGAACGAGUGCCGUCGGUGCGUGAAGGCCCUUCAGGAGCUCGAGAACGUGGACGACGACGCUGAUCACCUCGGCAUCGCCUUCGUCAAGAUCAACGACCCCGAGCUGGCAGACGAGUACUCCCUAGGGUCGCUGCCCGCCCUUGUCUACUACAGGAGGAGGAUUCCCGUCGUCUAUGAUGGUGACUUGAUGAACGAAGACAAGGUUCUGGAGUGGCUGGUGGAGAACAAGAACACGGGCGACGACGACGACACUAUCGAUGACGUCACGCCGGGUCUCCUGAACACCCUCAUAGAUUCUAUGGACCAUUUGGCUGUGAUCUUUUAUGAUCGUGAUGAGACGGACGACGCCUCCAGUCUGCAGGAGCUCGAAAAUAUCGACGACGAACUGGACAAACAAGGAAUCCACAUCGUGAAGAUUGCUGACGAGGUCGCUGCUAAGGAGUAUGGUAUCGAAGAUACGCCUGCACUCGUCUACUUCGAGCAUGAGAUUCCUUCGCUCUACGACGGAGACCUGCACAACGAAGAGGAGGUCCUGAGCUGGCUCAUCGAGCAGCUUCACACGGACGAGAUCGAGGACAUCACCGACGAGAUGCUCGACAAACUCAUCAGGGAGUCUGAUCACCUGGCCGUCUUGUUCUACGACGAAGACGACGCCGAGUCGCAGCAGGUGGUGAACGAGCUGGAGAACAUCGACGACGACUGCGACAGCCACGGCAUCUCCUUCGUCAAGAUCUCCAACGAGGACGAGGCCCGGGAGUACGGCAUCGACCACUUGCCCACCCUGGUGUACUUCGAGAAGAGCAUCCCCUCCCUCUACAUAGGAAACCUCUUGGCCGAGGACGAGGUGUUGGAUUGGCUCAUCCUUCAGUUGGAAGAGGACGAAAUCGAACACGUCACAGACGAAAUGCUGGAUAAGCUCAUCGAGAAGUCUGAACACUUGGCCGUUCUCUUUUACGACAAGGACAGCCGCCGCAGCAAGAAGGUGCUGUCCGAGUUGGAGAACAUCGACGACGAAUGCGACCAGCGCGGAAUCUUCUUCGUCAAAAUCGACAACGACGAGGAAGCCCGCGAGUACGGCAUCGAAAGCGUCCCGACUCUAGUCUACUUCGAGAGCGAAAUUCCCUACAUAUACGAAGGUGACCUCAUGAAGGAGGAGGACGUCCUGGCGUGGCUCUUCCACCACGUGGAUCACGAGGAAAUCGCUGAUGUCACAGACGAGAUGCUCGACAAACUGAUUAUCAACGAGCCCUACUUGGCCGUCCUCUUCUACGAUAAGGACGACCCAGAAGACCACGAGGUGUUGGGCGAACUCGAGAACAUCGACGACGACUGUGAACAGGCCGGUGUCCCCUUCGUCAAGAUUGACAAUGAUGCUGAGGCCAAGGAGUACGGCAUUGACGAUCUUCCUGCUCUAGUCUACUUCGAAAACAGGAUACCGAGUAUAUAUGAAGGUGACCUGAGCAACGAGCAAGAGGUGCUGGCGUGGCUUCUGGAGCAGAAGAACACAGACACCAUCGAAGAAGUCACGGACGAGAUCCUCGAUGACCUGAUCAACAACUUCGAAUAUGUUGUUGUGUACUUCAGCGGUGCGUGCGACGAAGGUGAGCAGUGCGACAGCAUCCUGAAGGAAUUGGAGAACAUCGACGACGACACUGAUGACCACGGCAUGCACUUCGUCACCACAGAGGAGACGGGCAUCGCCAAAGAAUACGGAAUCAAGACUAUUCCCGCCCUGGCGCUCUUCAGAAACGGCGAGGCCAUUCUCUUCAAAGGAGAUCUGUCUGACGAAGAAGCCGUCCUGGCCUGGCUGACUUCGGAGGAGACCUUGGAGAUCCCGAAUCAGAUUGAGGAGGUCAACGAAAAGAUGCUGGAGAGAAUCCUAAACACGUCCAACAACGUCGCUGUUUUCUUCUAUGCCGAGGAUGACAUGAAGAGCAGGGCCAUUCUGUCUGAACUCGAGAACAUAGAUGACGAAUGCGACGACAUCGGCAUCGACUUCGUCAAGAUUUCUGACGAGGGCAUCGCUCAAGAAUAUGACAUCAUCAGCCUUCCAGCUCUCGUCUACUUCAGGAAUAGAUUUCCACAGAUUUAUGAAGGUGACCUGAAGGACGAGGAAGCGUUGCUCGAGUGGCUUAUAGACAACAAAGACAAGGGACCAACUUCCAUCAUCGAGGAGGUGGACGGCCAAAUGCUGCAGAACCUCGUCGAUACUUUCGAGUAUCUGGUCGUCUAUUUCUACGACGACAACUGCCCAACUUGCGAGACGGUUCUGGCGGAGCUGGAGACGAUUGACGACGAGACGGAUGAGGUGGGCAUCCAGUUCGUCAAGACUAACGACGUCGAGGUCGCCGAAGAGCUCGGCAUCAGUCACCUGCCUGCCUUAGUCUACUUCGAAGGAGGAGUUCCCAGCAUUUAUGACGAUGACGACGCUCCAGGGAACAACUUCAUGUCUUGGCUUAUUGCGGAUAAAAAGAGCGUAGAGAGUCCGGUCAUAUCUAUGAACUUUCGACAUCUGUUAGAGGUACAGGAGGAGGAGGGGGAGGAGGAGGAGGAGGAAGAAGAGGGAGAGGAGGAAGAUGAUGAAGGUGAAAUCCAGGACGAGGAAGAGGUUCUGGAAUGGCUGAUUGAACAGCGCCAUGAGGACACCAUUGAAAAUAUCAACCGGCAGAUGCUCUACACCCUCAUCGAUACACAAGAUUACCUUGCUGUGUACUUCUUCAACGAGGAGAACGACGAGUGCCCCAAAGUCCUACGAGUUCUGGAGAAGAUCGACGACGAAGCGGCCGAGUAUGGCAUCCAACUGGUCAAGAUGAACGACAGGCUCAUGGCCAAGAAGUACGGAUUCCGAAACCCCCCAGGUCUCGUCUACUUCAGGAAAGCCAAGCACAUCAAGUACGAAGGUGAUCUUUACGAUGACGAGGACAUCCUGGACUGGCUGACUGCCCCUGAGAACAUGGAACUGAAUGACGCCAUCGAAAAGGUCAACCGGAAGAUGUUUGAGAGAAUACGCCAGACCACUGAUUAUCUCGCCGUCUUCUUCUAUUCCGAAGAAGGCUGUAAGCAGUGUCAGAAAGUCCUGGCGGAACUUGAGAAUAUCGACGACGAAGCCGACGCCAACGGCAUUGACUUCGUCAAAAUCGAUGACAACAAGUUGGCCAAGGAAUUAGGAGUCUACGCUCUUCCGGCCAUUGUGUUCUUCCGCGUAGGAGCUGAAGAACCCAUCAUCUACGCAGGAGACAUGAAGAACGAAGAGAACCUCCUGUCGUGGCUGCUGACGGAGAAGGAUCCUACAGCUGACUUCAUUGAGGACAUGGAAGGCGACGCCCUUCUGAGGGUCAUCAAGGACUCCGAUGCCAUCGCUGUUUACUUCUGGGACUUAGCCUCUUGUGGAUGCGACCAAACACCAAUGGAACCUGAGAAGAAAAAGAAGAAAAAGAAGAAGUCCAAGGACGAUGCACCACCGGAGGAAACAAAUGUGGUUGAUUCAAGUUGUGAUAUCUGCAUGCAAGUGUUGGAUGAAUUAGAAAAUAUUGAUGAUGACACUGACAGAAUCGGAGUGAAGUUUGUCAAGACCCAGGAUACUAAGGUGGCUGAGAGGUAUGGUGUGACCUCCCUUCCUGCUCUGCUAUACUUUGAGCACCAGGUACCCACGGUGUUUGAAGGCGACCUUUUGGCUGAAGAGGAUGUAUUGCAGUGGUUGGUCCUCCAGAAAACUGAAGAUAGAAUUGAAACAGUCAACAGGAACAUGCUGGAAGUCAUGCUUGAAGACACACAAUAUCUUGCCGUUUUCUUCUACAAACCCAACUGCCGUGCGUGUGACACCGUCUUAGCAGAGUUGGAGAACAUCGAUGAUGAAUGUGAUGUGUAUGGGAUUCACAUGGUCAAAAUCCAAGAUUCCCAGCUGGCCAAGAGAUAUGGAAUCAAGACACUACCUGCCCUCAUUUAUUUCAGGAAUGGAAACCCUCUGAUAUUUGAAGAUGAUCUCGCCCUUGUGAUAUCGGAUGUCGCCGAUUGGCUCAUUGAUGAGGACAAUCGCAAACUGGAAGGUGAAAUUGAGGAGAUCAAUUCGAAAAUGCUUCUCCAGACUCUUAACAUCAAACCAUAUCUUGCUGUGUUGUUCUCGAACGAAGACGAUUGCUAUGACUGUGAACAAGUUCUGCGGGAACUGGAGAACAUCGACGAUGAGGUAGAUAUGUUUGGUAUCGAUUUCGUCAAAAUUAACGACCCGGAUGCGGCCCUGAGGUUUAACAUUCUCCAUACCCCAGCUCUGGUCUACUUCAGGAAGAAGACGCCCCUGGUUUAUGAUGGUGACCUCCUCGACGAAGAGAAAGUGUUCUCGUGGCUGACCUCGCAAGACGUCUUCGAAAUCAAGGACGAGAUUGAAGAGGUCAACAGGAAGAUGCUUGAGAAACUGCUCGAUGAAAAUGACUUCGUGGCCGUGUUCUUCUACGAAGACUCGCCCAAGUGCGACGAGGUGCUGAAGGAACUAGAGAAUAUCGAUGAUGAGACCGACGACCUUGACAUCACUUUCGUCAAGAUCCGGGACGGCAGGUACGCCAAGAAGUACGGCAUACAGAAGCUCCCCGCCCUCGUCUACUUCAGGAGAAGAUUCCCAAGCAUAUAUAGAGGUGACUUAAUGGUCGAGGAAGAAGUUCUGGAUUGGCUGCAGAAGAACCGCUUCAAGCACCCAGAAUUGAACCUCUUCAUGUACGCGACGGGGGCCAUUACUCUCGCUUUCGUCAUGUACACCCUGUUCCUGAUCUUCUGCUUCAACAAACACCAAAAAGUGGCGUGAUUCGACCCCGGUGCCUUUUGUAUGCUUCACCUGAACAACCUUCACCAUCCUCCAUGAUUAAUCUUUCUCAAACGUUAUUUCUUUCUUUACUUACGAUGCCAAGGCAUAAUGUUGACUGGGGAAAUGCUAUCGAAGAAUUCUCAAAUAGGAAAUGUUCAAGCGCUAGAAGACUAUCAUCCUUAUAGGGCCGAUUUGUAGUGAGCUCCCGCUGAUGGGGAAGCGCUUGGCUCUUGGUGACGUCACCUGACGCCAUUCAAACGUCAUUUCCCACGUUUAUAAAAACGAUUCGAAUCACUGCUGAAAUAUGGAGAAAAAAACGAAAAGUCGACCUUAGACGAAAUACUUUGAUAGAAUUCGAGAUUUUAGCUUAUAACGUUUAUAUAAAUAAAUAGGUAUAAUACAAAUUUGUUAGAAGCCAAAUUUCUAAUUCUUGUUUGUUACGAAAUUGAAUGUCAGCAUUUAACCGAACCAGAUAAUAUUAUUCUGAUCCAGUAUUUUUGUGAUAGAGGGGUUAGGAUGGGUGUGGCAGUGGAGGUAUCGACGAAGGUGCUUCUAAGGGUAGGAGUACCUCCUCUGUUCCACCCAUCUGUGCCCUCCAAGGGUAUGAGAGAAAGCAUUUUAUAUUAGGUACACUGUAGUACAGAGAAAGAAGUCGCUAUACAGAGGUGAAUCACUUGGUUCCCUUAACAAAAAAUAGGUUUUCGGUACGAGGGAAGAGGCAGAAGAGAGUUUGAGGAUGGAAUACCUGAGCCCAAGUACGAGAGACAACCCAGCUCCUUAAAUUCAAGACGGAUUGUGUCUUUCAAAUCAUUAGAAGAGUUGCUGCUAAGUACUCUAGAAUUAUCUCGCAAAAGUACUAUAUUAUAACUAGGGAAGAGAAAUUGUUCCCGGAAAGAUGAAUUUACACCACAGCCAUAAUAAGCUUCAAAGCUCUUGUGCGCUCUGACCUGUUAACAGCAGGUCACAGGGCUGGAAGCCAGGUUGAAUAAUAGCAUACCCUUGAUACGGGAUGCAGUAAAGGACAAGGCGAGUUUAGUGAAUUCAUAAAGUUUGUUCCAAAGUUGAAAAUCUCACCAUCGAUCAUUUCUGAAUUCAGGAGUACUUAGAAGGAAAAGUGGAAGUGAACGGACAAAAUGUGUUGUGCUUGGAAAGGAACGAAAAAUUAGAGAGCAGACAUUGAAUAAAAAAAGUAUUUAGAGAGAAAAGUUCCUUGCAAAUUAGUUUUAUUAAAAUGAUGAAUGUUUCUUUUUAUUUUUUCCCAAGACUCUCUUAUGCAUUCGAGUGAAGCCAACUGAUGUAGAAAUCGCCAAACGUAAGAACUCGUCUUAGGAGAAGCAAAGAUGGAAAAAAGACUUCAUUCUUAGCUGAAGACGCUUUGAAACGACCCACUCUUCCCGUAAACGUUUGUUGCUAAUUGUUGACGUUGCUGUUUUUUUUUUUUUUUUUUUUUUUUUUUUUUUUUUUUUUUUUUUUUUUUUUAGCCCACUCUGUCCUUCUCGUGGAUGCUGUGUCGGAUGUGUUAGCUCAUUGUAGUAGGUGAUCGGUUUCCAUGAUUCCGCGUUAUGUUCUCUUUUCUGUAUAUAUUGUUGGGGGGUGGCCUUUCAUGGGUGUUGUUUUGUAGAUCAACUUAGUGGAGUUUCGAAAUACUUUCAUUGACUGUUAUCUUUUCUAUAGGCUCUUCUUCGUUUUCUCGUAGCCAUGUUCAGUUUCGUAGAUGAUGUUGUUUUAGAAUGAUUACUCCUAGUUCUUAUUUACAUUUGCAGCGGCAGUCAGGCCGAUUUCAGGCCGGGAAAGACAUAAACACUAUAUACUGUACUUGUGAUUGUCCAUCGAGUUUCGACUAAUAUUCGCGUUUUGCGUCGAGCAGUUUUCAAGUGAAUUUUUAAUGACAAUAAAGUUUCGACUUCCUAAGCAACUAACUGAUGCAAUUUAGAUGGUUUUAAAAAUAUUAUUGAAACUACAUACCUUUAGAAUCUUAAGAAAUCAAAAUUUCUUGGAAUUUCCUUUGAAACUGAAGAAAGUAACCCACCCAGUCGCCAACUAUACACGGGAACCUUUACUGUGGAAUACCAUCUUUUCCCGCGAAUUUAUCAGUGACGAAUUAAUACUGGCUACUUAGCCUUAUGUUGUCUAUACCUUCAGAGAGAACUUGCCAUGUCUUUUUUUUUUUUUUCUUUAUUAAAUGGAUGCAAAUAAACGCCGACUCACAAUGCUUUGUCUCUGGCAGACGAGCGAUGUCGCAAAUGAUAGUCGCCUACAGUUGUUGUUUUUUUUUUUUAAAUCAGGUUAUCGGUUCUCAAAAGAAAGCGUGACCUCGGGUUCUCUGAAGCAUUUACGAGGCAUUAGUGACAUAACUAGAUACUCGAAGGGAAGAAUGAAAUAUGAGUGACCACUUUACGAGUUUACCUGAGGAAAUUACAUUGUACAUCAAAGCAGGUUAUGAAAGAAAAUGACCACUCGGUUAUUGUGCAUAAAAGACUGCAGAAUAUAGAAUCUUUAAUCGUGAUGUAUUUUCUCCUAUAUUCCUCAGAGCAAAUGCGUUUCCUUUGUGCUGGAAUUUUUAUUUAUUUAUUUAUUUUUCUUUUUGCCGAACAGAGAAUCCAGUCAAAAGAUAUAUACUUCGUUUCAUUUCUUGAAUGUCAGAAGAGUCGCUGUUCUUAGUUAGCAAGAAAACACACAAGGCAAUAAUUGCCGAUAGAAUGACUAUUUUUCCUCCUGACAUAUUUCCCUUUGAGAACCACACGGAUUUGACAGACUCAGAGGAUUCAAGAACUUUACCAGAUUUAACAUAACAUACAUUUUCGCGAAGAAGUAAUUGAAGAUUAACAACAAAAUGGUUUCUGCUCAGAACCUGCAGUUUUAAAGCGACAUCUAAGGCAAAUAGGUCAAAGUCUAAUGUAGUGAAAGCACAACAGAAGUACUAAAGAAAAGACAUGAAAACUACCAGAAAAUUUCAACGAUAUGAACAGCAAAAGCUGAUCUUGAUAUGUCACUGGAUUCUAACAUGAUAAAAGUUUGGAAUUAACGUUUAAUGUUAAAUUAUGAUAAAAUUUUCGUCCGUCACGUCCAUUCAAUGUGUUCUUUAAUUUUAUCGUUAUUAAUACCAAACCUUGUAAGUCCUUUUAUACAGACACAUACUCUUCGCAAUUGCGUAAAGGCAAAGCCCGGGUUUUCCCUUCUCUGAAAGUUCAAGUGUAAAAUAUAAGAAUAAAGAAUUUUGCCGCUCUCACUCUCAAUAGUCAGGUUAUGUUCUGUAUGUGAUGACUUACAUCUUCCCUAAAUAUAGCCUUUGACUUCAGCUGAUAUCAGCAUCCGGACAGCCAGCUCUGGACUUCAGUUCUGGCUGCUGGAUGUCUCUACUCACUUGGCUAACGCAAUGGAGAUUAAUACGAUGUUUUAUGUAAAUUUUGAGUUCAAUGUAAAAUAAACGGAAAUAUUUGUUACAA